CCUUCAGCGUGACCACAUGUGAGUGUGUGCGUAUGUACGUACGUCGUCGAAAUGACAUUUCGUGUAGCAUGUAGCAUACAUCCCUUUACUAAAUUUAAAGAAUGCUUCCAACUUUCAAGAAAGUUAUUCAAUAUACACAUAUAUAUCUAGACUUUUGACUUUCACAAUAUUUGAUCGUAUUGUUUUUCUUCGCUUCACAAUAAAAUGCUCAUACGUACGUGUGCGCGCAUAUACAUACACACACAUACACAAGUCCAAGCGUUUUGAUUCUCUCCUGAGAUUAGGUUAGGUUAGGUUAGAUUACUUUCACGGAGCACAUACUUGUGUUUGACUGACAGCACCCAGUAUGACCCAGCAUACGAUGUGUCAAACUGACACGCGUUCGCUAACAUGCCCCAUCGUAUUUGUUUAACAACAUACUAAGUCUCGCGCGUCUCAAUUAACCAUGGAUGACGACUUAUUAAUCUCAGUUGAUUUACGAAAUUUAUCUCUGCGUGAUAGUGAUAUUCCAUCCGCAGAGACAUGCUUUCUAUUCCCCCGAAACAACAGAACAAUAAUUACAGAUGUGUAUGCAGGAAUACCAGAGAAUUUGUUGUUAAAUUUAAUAGGAUUUUUGGUUUUACUUACUUUAUUUGGCCUAUUACGUAAGAAGGCUUGGAAUUAUGGACGCCUUGCAUUACUACAUAAGUCUGAUAACAGAUGGAUGGAGUUGUUCUACGGUGUUAAUGAAAAUAGAGAUACUGAUCCCUUAUGUAUAGAAGCUUCCAUCAAUUCUCAACUCUCUCAACUAGAUAGAGGAUUUCUCUCGUGGAUCGCUACUGCUUUUAAGAUAACCGACAAUGAAUUAUUCCAACGUGCAGGUCCUGAUGGAUUAUUGUAUAUUUUGUUUGAGCGUUGUUUAAUCAUAUUAACCAUCAUGAUGGUUAUUGUAUCGCUGUGUAUAGCUUUACCUAUAAACUUUCAUGGGAGCAUGCAACCAGGGAACAGUACGACAUUUAGUCAUACAACAAUAUCAAAUCUAGAUCCCACCUCUAAUUGGAUUUGGGUUCACACAAUAUUGCUCUUAUCUUAUCUACCAGUUGGUGGAUUUGUUAUGAGACGUUGUUUAAAACAGGUGCGAGAUACAAGACCUACUGAAGAAUUUGCAGCAAGAACAUUAUUAAUUACAGAUAUACCAAAACAUCAAUGCACUGUUGAAAAUCUUACAGAAUAUUUCAAAGAAACAUUUCCUACUUUAACAGUGGAGGAUAUUACAUUAGCUCAUGAUAUACAACGUCUUUCAAAAUUAGAUGCAGAAAGAGAUUGCGCAGAACAGGCGCGCUUAUAUUGCGAGAGUUAUGCUAAGAAGAGAGAACCUUUGAAAAUGUAUCCUUAUCCAUGUGGUCAAGUUCUUGGAAUUUGUUGUAAAAAGCAAGUGGAUGCUCAAGAAUUUUAUACCAAUGAGGAAAUACGAUUAACAGCGUUAGUUGAAGAAGAGAAGAAAGUUACACUUAGUAAAUCUCUUGGAGUAGCAUUUAUAACUUUAGGAACACCCGGCGCAACUAAAACUAUGCGCAAACAGCUGAGGUCCUCGCCGAAUAUAAAAUGGAUCGUGGAUUAUGCUCCGAUGCCAUCAGACAUAUUUUGGGAAAAUCUGAGUAUUCCCAAACCGUGCUGGUAUCUAAAUGCUAUAUUAAUAAAUUUCGCUUUGGGGUUAACAUUGUUUUUCCUUACUACACCAGCUGUCAUAGUAACAAUUGUCAGUAAAUUACCGAUUACUGGAGAGAUUAUGAAUUUGAACCCAGUGGUUUCAUCCUUUCUACCCACUGUACUCUUAGUCAGUGUAGCUGCUUUAAUGCCUGUGUUAGUCGCGAAAUGUGAAUCGCUUGUAAGGCAUUGGACUAGAAGCAGUUUAACUCGUACUAUUAUGAGAAAAACAUUGUUACUUUUGCUAUUGAUGGUGCUUAUAUUACCUAGUUUAGGAUUAACCAGCGCAAAGGCAUUUCUAGACUGGAGUUUAAAGAAUCAGAGUAACAUGGUUUGGGAAUGUGUAUUUUUGCCAGAUCAGGGUGCACUUUUUGUAAAUUAUGUUAUAACUGCCGCUUUGCUCGGAAGUGGAUUAGAAUUGGUCAGAUUCCCAGAACUUGCGCUGUAUACCUUCAGACUCUGUAUAGCUCGUAGUCGAGCAGAAAGGAUACAUGUUAGAAAAGCAGUUCUGUGGGAGUUUCCACUGGGAGCUCAUUAUGCAUGGUUACUUUUGGUCUUUACUAUGACAACUGUCUAUAGCUUGGCAUGUCCGUUAAUUACUCCCUUUGGUCUACUCUAUCUUGUAAUUAAACACUUGGUUGACAGGCAUAAUUUAUGCUUUGCUUAUGGACCAAGCAUCGGUGGUGGCCAAUUGGCUGGAGCAGCAGUUGGUGCUGCAGGUGCUGCGCCAGUUUUAGCGCAAGCUGCCCUUUUAGCUUUAGGCCUGGUGCGAAGAGGCCUGUCUCCAUUAGCCGCCGUGCAACUAAGUGGUCUCUGUGCAACUAUUUUGGGCCUGGUAACCGGUGCUACCUUUCCGUGUUCGAAAUCUAAGACACAAGUACCGAAAAAGGAUCUUUCAACUGGUCAAAAUUUCGUUGCACCAGUAUUACGAAAGAAUAUGACAUCUUUGGAAGAAACUAUAUCGACUGCUUCAAAUUCAGAAGUGAAUUUACCAAGUCCAAGAAGUACCACUUCCUCUAUACAAGAAAGUCCAAAGCUUUACCAAAAUUAUGGUGGUGAGCAAAGAGUUUAAUAUCUGUAUUUAUAUUACACCUGAUAUAUAUAUACACACAGAAUGCUCCAUAAUUUAAAAAACUACGUAUAUUCUAAUUAUUAAUACAUUAAUUAACUAAUCAUGCAAACUAGAGCAAAAAUAAUAGCACAAAUAAUGUACAUUUUCUUAAUAUAAUGUUUCAAAGAUAAUGUUUCUUAUACAGAGUUAUCACAUUAACACAAAUUAGCAUAACUUAU